CCAGUCACGCGUUGAAGCAAAAAUAAUAACAUGACCGGGAAGUGAAGACAGAGGAUACUUUUUUAUUCGUUAUAGCAUAUCAAAAUGGGAUUUUUAGCGGUUUUUGUGUUUAUUUGCUGUUUCUAUCCGUGUGAAGCUACAGCGGAGGAUCAGCCCAUUCAAACAUUUGUGAUUCCCCACAGUCAUAUGGAUGUAGGCUGGGUGUACACGAUUCAGGAGAGCAUGCAUGCCUACGCAGCAAACGUGUACAGCAGUGUGACCGAAGAGCUGUCAAAGGCCAAAGAUCGUAGGUUCAUCGCUGUGGAGCAGGAGUUCUUUCGACUGUGGUGGGACACUGUCGCUUCAGAUUCCCAGAAGAAACAAGUGCGGCAGCUUCUGAAAGAAGGUCGACUGGAGUUCAUCAUCGGGGGCCAAGUGAUGCACGACGAAGCCGUCACAGACCUGGACGAUCAGAUCUUGCAGAUGACAGAGGGUCAUGGUUUCCUCUACGAGACGUUCGGGGCACGCCCUCGAUUCUCCUGGCAUGUGGAUCCGUUCGGCGCUUCCGCCACCACGCCGGUCCUGUUUGCCAUGGCGGGGUUCGACGCACACCUCAUCUCUCGCAUCGACUAYGACCUCAAAGACCGCAUGCAGGAAAACAAGAAACUGCAGUUUGUAUGGCGAGGCUCUUCUUCGUUGAAAGCCCAACAAGAGAUCUUCACCCACACCAUGGACCAGUUCAGUUACUGCACUCCGUCACACCUGCCGUUCUCCAACAGCUCUGGUUUCUACUGGAACGGAAUUGCUUUGUUCCCUGACCCUCCUAAAGAUGGAGUCUACCCCAACAUGAGCCUYCCCGUCACAAAGGAGACGGUGCAACUCUACGCUAAGACUAUGGUUGAGAACAUCAAACAGAGGGCUGCGUGGUUCAGGACGAACCAUGUUCUCUGGCCUUGGGGUUGUGACAAACAGUUCUACAACUCAUCGGUGCAGUUCAGGAACAUGGAUCCUUUGAUGAAGUACAUAAACCAGAACAGCAAAGAGUUUGGAGUCACAGUUCAGUACGCCACUCUGAGCGAAUACUUCCAAUCCGUUCACCAAACAAACCUGACAUGGGACGUCCGUGGGAGUGAGGAUUUUCUACCGUAUUCCUCCGAACUGUACCAAGCAUGGACAGGGUUUUAUGCCUCCAGAAAUGUCCUGAAAGGAGUGGCGAGGCGGGCCAGUUCCAUGCUGCACGCAGCAGAGACUCUCUUCACUCGAUACAGAGUCAGUUUCCCAGACGGACCUGUGGCCAAAGACUGGGCUCUGGACAAACUUCGAGCUUUACGCUGGGCUGUGUCUGAGGUCCAGCACCAUGAUGGCAUCACUGGUACCGAGUCUCCCAAAGUGGCAGAAAUGUACACGCAGCAUCUGACGGAGGCCAUGAUGGGAGGGGAGGAGCUUCUUGCUGCGCUGUUCCUGUUGCCACAUAACCCCGCCUUCUCCAACAUCCAUGACGGCAGCGUUCACAUCAAAGGUGCUCAUGAGGGUCUGGAGCAACACGUCAUCAUUUACAACCCGUUAGCCUGGAACAUCACCGCCAUCGUUAACGUGACCGUAACAUUCCCGAAUGCAGCAGUCUACGACGACAACGGACAACAUGUACACGCACAGAUCCAGAGGUCKGCUCAGUCUGACACCUACGAUCUUUUUAUCGUCGUGAACCUGGGCGGCCUUCAGCACAGGAAAUACUCGAUCCGGUUCUCAGAGACACUGUGCUCCAAAAAGUCUGUGUGCGCACAAACGUACGAAGCGAAAGGAGUUGUGUUUGAGAGACGUCGUGUGAGGAGCUGGAUGAAAACAGGAAGGAGACUUCUGCCUGUUCUGAGCGRAUGCUACAAACUGAUGUUCGAUCAGGACACCAACCUCCUGCACAGCAUCACUUACCUGCAGGACAAGCAGCGAGUAAGGAUGACGCAGGACUUCUGGGAGUAUGACGCAAAUGGCGACGUCGAAGCAGGYCCCAUCUCUGACAACUACAUCUUCAGCGCCAACGGCUCAGCUGUUCGGGCCUACAAGGCCGUCAAAAUGGAGAUUAUCACAGGGAAGAUCGUUACUGAGGUCCGACAGUACUUCUACAGAGAGGACAGUGAUGAAGACUACGCUUACUCCAUCACCACCCGGGUCCCUGAAUGCUUCGGGACCGAACCGCAGUGCCACAGGCUGGAGCAGACCUACUCGCUGGGUCCCCUCCGUCUGAACACGGAGGUCAUCCUCAGGACCACCUCCUCCCUCAAGAACAACAAGACUCUGCACUCUGAUGACAACGGCUACCAAAUGAUGAAGAGGACAUACAGGAAGUUCUCUAAAAAUACUUUAGCAAGGAAUUACUUCCCCAUGGUUCGGGCAGCCUACAUCGAGGAUGAGCUCAGCCGGCUGGUGCUCCUCAGUGACAGAGCUCAUGGUGUGUCCAGUCAAGCCGACGGACAACUAGAGGUCAUGCUUCAUCGUCGCCUUUGGAACAACUUGGCGUGGAACCUUGGCUACAACCUAACGUUGAAUGACAGCUCGGURGUGAGGCCCACCCUCUGGAUGAUGCUGGGUUCUGCACGUGAGAUCUCCAAGCUGCACCAGAGAGGAGCAGUAGAGCUACAACACAGACCUGUGGUCGUACCGAUAGACCAGCCUCGAAAGUCGUGGCAGCAGAAGGAGGCCAGACUUUUUACACCGGUGUCUCCGGUAGUUCUCCCUCCCAACCUCCACCUGCUCAGCCUCUGCAUCCCUGGAUGGAACUACAGCUCCAAAGACAACGCUCACCUCGGCCACAUUCACACAGGUAAUGUUUCUACUAUUCAUGUAGACAAAACCCUGCAUUCUGAGCCAGAUUUUGACCGAGUUCUGUUGAGAAUCAUGCAUCUGUUUGAGGAGGGGGAAGACCCUGAGCUUUCAAAGCCAGUCACUAUAAACCUAAAGGAUGUCUUGCGAGGCUUGGGGGAGAUGAAAGUGCUGGAGGAGCGAUCGCUCACAGGAACCUGGGAUAUCAGCAGUCUGCAGAGAUGGAAGUGGAAAACGGCAGAUAACGUGGAAAURAAGAAUGAACCGUAUCAGAAAAGUCCAGAUGAAGAGUUCACCGUAACCAUCUCGCCCAAGGAGAUCAGGACCUUCUUUGUUCACUUCAGCUCCAGGAACCUUUAAKCAGGAUUGUGUCUCAUCUUCAGUGAAGAUCGCUGCUGUUUUCUAAUAAUUCCUCUCAUCUGCCACUUUAAACAUUAUUGCAGCUUUUGCACAGUAUGUUGAUUUUUGUAACGAGCCACUGAUGUGUUGAUGAUCUUGUGCCUCACACAGAGUAAAGUGAUUAUUUUUCCCCUCUUUAAA